GAACACUUCCUGUUGAUGCAAAAAUUGCAGCAGCAACUGUCUGACACAUCUGGACUGGAGAGGGGGGGAGGCCUGGCUGUUAGCGAACUACCGAGGGGAAUGGACAACGUUUAAUGCUCAUCUGCAAAACGGGCCUUUGUUACACUUGCCGUGGCGUUUGUGAGUGUGAGCUGUCCGUCUCCUCUGGGCGGGGGCUGGGCUCUGCCCGCUGUGAAGCACCAUACAUGACAGCAGACCUCACACUGAGCUGAAAUGAAACGAGUCCACAUAAAUGAGGCAGCCGACAAACUGGAGAAACAUAUCCAAGAAAUGGACGACGGCAGUUACAUCGAGUUCGAUGUGCCGGAGUUCAGUAACACUGUUCUGGACCAGCUCAAUCAGCUGCGGCUGCAGGGGAAGCUGUGUGACAUCAUCGUCCACAUUCAGGGCCAGCCGUUUCGAGCCCAUAAGGCUGUGCUGGCUGCGAGCUCACCCUAUUUCCGUGACCACUCGGCUCUCAGCACCAUGAGUGGCCUUUCCAUCUCGGUCAUCAAAAGCCCUGAGGUGUUUGAGCAGCUUCUUGCAUUCUGCUACACGGGUCACAUGUCCUUACAGCUCAAGGACAUUAUCAGUUUCCUCACUGCGGCCAGCUUUUUGCAGAUGCAAGCCAUCAUUGACAAGUGUACCCAAAUUCUGGAGAGCAUCCACUCCAAGAUCAGCAUCCCAGUUAGUGUCUGCAGCCCAGGGAAGGGCGACUCGCAGACCAGCGGCAAUGGGGUCAACGACAGCAACCUCUUUGUAAACCCUACCCAGAUCUCCCCCCCUUACUACUCCCGGCAGAGUCAGGCAGGACAUGAAGUGCGCUUUGAGCUGCCAGGAAAAACCCACAGACGCGGCCGACAGCAACCGGAGGAAGGCCAGUCGGACCGAGGCAGCAGUGAUAGUGUGUCAGAGCACGAUGCUCCCAUGGAAGGAGAAAUGGAGCAGGUGGAACUGAUCGGCAAAGAUGGGCAGGUGACCGACGUGCACGUGAAGAUUGAGAAGACCGACAGGCCCACUUACUCAGAUAGUUCCUCAGCCGGUGAUGAUGGCUACCACACAGAGCUGGUAGACGGAGAGCAGGUACUGGCUGUUAGUGUGGGAUCUUAUGGUCCAGUCAUCCAGUCGGCUGCCUAUUCUUACUCAGGGCAGUCCACCCCGUGCUUCGUCAACCUCAGCAGCUCCAGUCCCUCCCGCUCCUUGCUCAGUGGCUACAGAGGUGCGCGAGCCAGAGUGAAGCGGCCCCUGGGCAUCCCGGCAGGAGUGCUGAGUCGUAGCAAACCAGGCUCAGAAGACAGCGAAUCAGUCGUGGGACCCACGGGAUUGGAGAAUGAUGUGCGAGAGCGCAGCCUGCGGAGCCAGUGGUACCCCUACAACGAGAGACUUAUUUGCAUCUACUGUGGUAAGACCUUCAACCAGAAAGGGAGCCUGGAUCGCCACAUGCGCCUGCACAUGGGAAUCACCCCCUUCGUUUGUAAAUUCUGCGGCAAGAAGUAUACAAGGAAAGACCAGCUGGAGUACCACAUCCGUGGCCACACAGACAACAAGCCCUUCCACUGUCAGAUCUGUGGCAAGUGCUUCCCGUUUCAGGGCACCCUUAACCAGCACCUGAGGAAGAAGCACAUGGGAGCAUCAGAGGUGACUAACCAUAUAGACUCUCCAGAGACCACCGAGGGAAGCUCAGGUCAGAAGGACCAGGAGGAAACGUCUGAGGGGAUGGCCUUUGAGGCACAAUAUGCAGAGGAGGCACCGGCCAAUGAGGAGGAGAGUUCAAAAUGCAGUCCAGAGGAAGCUCAAGCCUCAAGAUGUGAUUUUUAGGUCCUGCUUUAGGUUAAGGAAGCUUUAAGAAAUGUUUAUCUUAACUCAACUUAAAGGACUUUUUUUCUUUUUGAAUCAGCUCCCUCUACUAUAGACAUUUCUUGCGUCAAGGGGUUUCUGUCAAUUUGUGAAAGUACGAUGUUGAAUGCAGAGAGCAAAUGCGUGCUUUAUAGAAAUCCGAUUCUUUCAAGCAAAGGGAGUGACAACUUACUUUUUUUGAGGAGGUCCCAAUAAUCAAGACCCCUUAAUUGAUUUAUCUUUUUAUCUUUCCAUGUUUUUUUAAAACAUAUUUACAGAGUUAUAUAGGCAUGUUGCAAUAAUUGAUAAUGUGAAAGCUCUGGUAAGAUGCUUGUCAUAUCACCUUUUUACCUGACCUGUUUUUGCACAUGUGGCCACAGGAGGUCACUUACUCACAAGGAAUGAUUUUUCUGCCAGUGCAAAGCUUCGUGUGACAUAUCCGUUCAAUACCUCAUGAUACAACUACAUACUCAUAACAGACAGUAUUUUAACUCAAUGAACUCACCAGGUUCUACCUCAUAGCCAAGAACCUACCAGGCACAGACGUGUUCACCGUUUGAAAUCCGUUUUUAGGUUGUAUGUACAGUAUCUUUAUUGCCAAACCCUGUACAGAAUAUUCUCUCGACACAAAGCCUUGAUACUUAUGUGAAAUAUUCCUUGCUGAUUGUAUGGAUACGGGACAAAGUCCUUGUUUCAUGGUCAGCCAGGUUGAAAUGAUGUUUAAGAAGGUGCUAUGUUAGCAGUAUAUUUGCUAGCUUUCUUGUUUGUUUCUGCAGACAAUAGAGUAAGAAAAUGGCCCUGCAUAUUUUCAACAUGAGUUUGCUGUCUUGUAACGUUUGUUCUUCAAAACACUUAAGAAUUGUAUCUCUCAUCACUACUGCAGAUCUCACCCGUUCGUGCUUUCAGAUGCUGUCAUCCAUGAAAUGGGUGGAAUACGUCCACACAGUGAAGUCAUUUAUAUUUCUCUAUACUCUGAUGGCAGACUUUUACUGAAUUAUUGUAUGUGUAAAUUGUUUUAUCCUGAGGUAGGCUUCUAGGUUAAUACUCAGAGUUCUCAUUGUCAACUCAGCGCAGUAGGAACAGCUCUGGACUGUUCACAUACAUCAACAUAGUAUACUAUUCUGAAUGAUAUGCAAACAGAAAGAACAAAGGAUUCUCAGCCAUUUUGACAUGGUUUAUUCUUCCAUUAUUUCAAAGAGCUCUUGCUUUGCUUCCUUUCUUAUGUUUGCUUCUGUCCCACCUUUCUACGAUGGGACGAUUGAUCUGUGAUAUUUUUUUCUCCGCAUUGAUCGGGGUCAGAUGUGGAACUGCAACAAGUUUUCCUCAUUUGUCUACCCUACUUUAUGGUGUUGACAUCGAUGUGGCACAGCUAGAUUAAGGCUAAGAGUUAAUGUAUUUAGAAGUAGCUGGUGAUCCAAAGUAUGAUGCACUUUGCAGAGAUGGGGGAGCGGCGGGGGUUGUGCCAUUGAGAAAACGCGCUAGCUUCUGUCUUCAUUCUGAUGCGGCAGGGUAGGACUAGAUUGACAGCAGUGCUUCUGCCUAUACGUACAUCUAUUGUGAUCUUUAAUGAGACUCUGCAAUCACAUGAAUACUAACGUCUACAAGUCAUGCAUAUGGCUACAUAUUAUAUACAAUUUGAGCCAUGGGGAUCGGGACUUGGGUUUUAUUUCCAUUCUGAUUUAAGUCAUCUGUAUUUUACAGUUAAUACAUCAAAAAGGCACUUAGAAGGCCUGAUUGAUUAUCCUGUUAUAUUUAGGACAUUUAAAGCUCAGCUGGGUGGUCACUUUUGUGCUAUCAUGCUUUUCCUUUUUAUCCAUCCAGCUGUUAAAAUACAUGUAUUGAAGAGCACCUGCUAUUUGUUUUUAUUUUGUCCAAUCUAGUCCAUGCUAAAUUUGUGUCAAUGAAUUGGGUUUGGGGUUUUUUUUCUCACAGUUUACAUAUAAUGUUCUAUGUUCGGUUGGUGGGAGAAUAUUGGGCUAUGUUUCUCAUGUCUGACGUCAAGCGUGCAGUCUUUUUUAUUAUUAUUCCGGUGAGUGUGCGUCUUCUCGUUGACAGUCGAGAUAGCGAACCAAAAAGUAGGGAAUUUGGCAAAAGUCGGUAUAGCUAGCUUUUCGUUGCCAGGCAUCGUCACAAACACUUUAGUUCAUCACACCCACAGUCUGUCCACCUGUACAGUCCUUUUAGACGAAUGUUUACUGAGUGGAGUGUUUAUCUGUCGGCCGCUGACGUGCAGGUUGAACAGCUGAUCUGACCUCACUAAAGAUCAUUCAGUGACCUGUUUGAAUCUGCCUACGACGAAUACACCUCACCUAGGAAGGAAAGAGUUGGAAAUGUUCAAACCUCCUUGUCAGUAAUGCUUUGUGAGUAAAAGGUACAAAAUGUUAAAAUAAUUGUGUGCCAAGAGUUCACACCAAAGACUAAUGGGUGAUUUGUAACUUUUGAAUGCUCAUAUUAAGAAGUUCUUAAUUUAAUGUAGGACUAGUCCUUUGUGAUUUGCAAGGAAUGCACGUUUCCCAGCUUAUAACAAUCACUUGUGUACAAUUUGAACAACUUGCUAAGAAGACAUUAAGCAGCAAAGUCAUAAAUAACACAAUAUAUUAAGCCAUACAAAAGCUGACAAUAUAACAGUUGUGCAAUAGGUAUUGUAAUUGUUUAAAGCCAAUGUAAACAAAACACAAAGUGGCAUCUUUAACUUAGUGCCUUGCCACAAGCUUUACUUUGAGGAUGCUGGCACUUAGAUUCCUGUGCCUCUUUCCUUUUCUAAUGGAUUGAAUAGAGCAAUGAUAGGAUAUGGCCUCAGCAUUAAUCUAUAGUGGUACCAAGAAUGAAUACAAAUGAAUUAAUUUCACUUUUGUCCAGUUGUUUUCCAGCUCAAGUCCUGUGCCCUGAUCUGGCUCUUUAUAUUAUAGUUUUUGGACAACUGAUUUGAUGGUUAAUCUUCUUUUGUAGCAAUGAAUUACAAUCAAAAGAAGCAGUGUUGUUCCCUGCAAGCCACUUCCCAGUGUUCAGAGACCUCACCGUAUCCUUCCUCUCUGACCACUCUGGACAAUCUUAACAAUGUACUGUAUUUUGGCAUUUCAAUGAAGGAAGGAGAUGCAUGACACACACACACGUCUACUUCCUCUCUGUUCACGCGGAGCAUCUGGCAAGGGAACAGCUGCUUGGGUAUUUAGCAGUGGAGGAGAACAAAAAGAAGCUUUCUCUUAUAUACUGUAGCUGAAUUGCACAUUGCGCAACCACAAAAUUGUAUGAAAUUGCCAAUGGAUAAUUGUUUUUACAUGUAUUUGUGUCAUCAAUUGUGCACUUACAGUUUUUUUUUUGUUAUAGUUGAUACCAAUUCCAUCUGGGAAGUCUAGUUUAUUUCUGUAUUUUCUCUUAAGGGAUGAGCUAUAAUGCUCUCAAUCACUUUGCUAAGGACCAUUUCCCUCUUAAAUGGUGCUUUAGACGAGUCGGAUCCUUUCCUCUUUUUUUUUUUUUUUUUAAAACGAGUCCAUAUAAUCAUCAUAGGUGAAUGGAGGGGAAAUAGUUGUAUUGCUUUUUCAUGAACUAGUUACUAAAUGUGAUACACACUUACAAAACCAACUGAACUUGACAUCCACUCAAAUCAACUCCACACCUCGGAGAGGAGCAGGAGAUGCAUUAUGGGCCACAAGUAAUCAAAAGGAAGUGUUUACAGGGAAGGCUGUCAGACUACUUUUUGAAAUUGCAGCUCGUCCUAUUCUUUUUAUAAUAAACUCACUUCAGGUAGUUUACAAACACUGAUACAGGCUUAGAAAAAAAAAGUCUUCCAUAGCUUUUCUGUCAGUUUCUGUCCGCUGUGUAUCAUAAGAAAAAGCAAUAACCUUUUUAAAAGCGGUGUAUUGGGAUCAUCAAGCCUAUUGAAAUAUUGACCUGUCGUAUAUCAAACAGAAUGAAUGUCAGGAGGCUUAGUGAAUUGAAGUAAGACCAGGGCGAUUUGAUAUUGAUUGAUCUUUUUUAAUAUAUAUAUUUUCUGAAACGUUGGACGGGUUGACUUUCCUCUUCAGAAAAAAUAUAUUUAAAUGAAAAAGCGACGUUGCUGGCUGGUGUUAUGAAUGCUCAUCAAAAGCCAGUGGUAGACGGUGACCUGCAACACAAGAAACAAGUGCAUGGCUAUCAAACUAGUGGCACUGUUUAGAGUUGCACCUCCAGCUGUGGCAAAUAAUGAAAGGGAUUUUGGGCUGUAAAGCCACUGUUUGGGAGGGGGCUGUCUGUCAUCAUGGUGAGGUUCAGGGGUCUCCUUCAGCUCCUCGGGUCUGACACUGUAGCUGUGGUUGUUUAGGACAAGGGGGAAGAUUUCAAGUCAAUCUAUUGUUCCUUCUCCCUUUACAACUCCCUAAACUCUACGAUGCAAUGUCUCUGGCUCAUAUGUAUUAGGAGACAAGGCAAAAAAGAACUUAGAACUCAGGGUAUAUCAUGUUAAAAGUGGUCUCAUUGGACAUAUGUGUGUCCAUAGUAGAAUUGUGCACUUCUCUUCAGGUGGGGAUACAAGUCCUCAGUCAGUGGUUCCCAAACAUUCUGCCUCAACGAGCCCAUCAUUAUUUUCCGCUGGAGACCACGUACCGAAGCAUUAUUACAGACAUGCCCUAACUCCUGUUUUGUCCACUCUACACACAACCUCACAACCCAACUGUGAACCUCAGAAUUCUACUGUUUUGUACAACUAUGAAGUAAAUAAAGCUAGCUAGAGCUGAUGUAUCUAUUGCCAUUUAUGCAUUUUAUUUUAUAGCAUGAAAUAAAAUAUAUUUAUUCAAAUUAUAUAUUUUACUCAUAAUCAUUCUGUGCUGCAUUGUUUUGGUUCUUAAGCUUGUAAAUUGCUUUUUUAUUAUAUAAAAAAUGUCAAUAGAAUAAUGCGUUUGUAAAAUAAAGACGCUAAUUUG